AUGCGUUCAUUAACAACAAUAUUAUUUAUAAUUAUAUUUAUUCUAAUGUUUUGCUCAACAAUAAUAGAAACAGCAAAAUGUAGUUGUUCAUGCUGUUCUGGUAUUUCCUGUAAGCCAGAAUCAUUACCAUCAUUAAAUGUUGGUAGCUGUUCUACGUGUGAUAGUGCAUGUACUACUCAUUAUCCAUCAAAAUGUGGACAGAAUCCCGGUGCAACAAUUUCAGCGUGUGAUGAUGGACUCUCUACUGGUGCAAUUAUUGGUAUUAUAGUUGGAAUUAUUGGCCUAAUUGUUUUUAUAAUUAUGAUAGUACUACUUUGUAAACGUCGUUCAAAUUAUACACAAAGAUUGGCUUAA